CGGAUCGUACCAUUUAUAACUAAUGUAAACACGUGCUGUGUUAUUCGAAGUAGACGCACAACGCGGUUUCUCCGCGAGAAAAAUUAACAGGAAAUCGCAAGUACGACGCAUUCGAUAUGACUGAAUAAUGGCAUGAUAAUAAAAAGAAGGAUUUACGGAUUUUGAACGAUCUUAUUAUGCUCGUAUGCUGAAACUCGUCACGUUCGUAUGGGGUCGUUUCUGCGGUUCGGACGCUAAAAUUUACUCCGAUGCUCCUAAAAUUAUACGCUAUUACAAAUUGAUUCGACUGAAAACAUUUGGCAUAUGUCACUUGAAUAAAAUGAGACGAGCAUGAUAGUGUGAUACAAGAGAGUUGUAUUUUUGGUAAUACUAUCGCGAGUUCGACGAAUGAUGAAUGACGACUGAUUUAUCACAUAUAUUGAUAUUACAUAUUUAUCUACUACACGUGUGAAGAUAUAUAUUUAAAAUAGAUAUAAAAAUAAUAUACAUAUAUACAGAGAAGCAAGAAAUCUUUACAGAAAUGGAAGCACCUUGGUUUCCUCGUGUAAUUGCUCAUCACCCAUAUAUUAUUUUACUGGUCGUUUUUACAUUUUCUUCGAUAUGCCUAAUUAUUCCGCUUACAACCAAAAGGUUUCCAGAUUUUUCGGACCCACAAAUGGGUUUUGAGGCAAGAGGCACAGUUUUAGCGCAAAGAUUGACAGCUUGGAAACAUUUAAUAGAAGCUUCGAAACCAAGGGGCGACCUUACGGAUAAUCCUUUAGAAUAUCAACAAUAUAUACGUGAAUCAACUCAACAGUCUAAUGCAAAUAUGAAAAAUCAUAGCUUGCCUACUCAGGGUAUUCUUAGAAAAAAGCCAAAAGAUAAAAAUAAACGAAAGGGAAAGAAACAUAAGAAAGUGUUAAAUAACACAGACUACAUAGAAUCGAGUAACGAGGAGAAAGAUACAUGGAAAGAAUUACUAGAAUUAAAAGAUAGGCAUAACACAGAUAUAGAGGAUGAAAAGACUCAAGAGAAAGAUCAUCUAGAUAGUGAUAAUUUUUUCUGCAAUUUACCAAGUUCUGCGUACGCUCGUGUUGUGAUCACUGUAGAAUCAGAAAAUAAAAAUUUAAAUUUAUGGUCGAUGGAUGGUAUAUUAGCUCAAUGUCAUAUUGAUGGCGUACUUCGUGGAAAUGUUCACUUUCCAUCUUUGUGUCAGACGAAAAUCGAGCGCAACGGUGUGGAAAGUCACAAAUGUUGUAGAAGUUGGUCGCCAGCUAACUAUGUGGCACUUUUAUCAAAUCGCAGUUCUUGCUUGGGAGUAACGGAGAACGAUCUGAGCAGAGUGAAGACACUUUUGCAAAAAUGCGCUAAAUAUUAUCAUGACCGUCAGUUGUUGCCUAACUGUGCAGAAGACUUUAAUUGCCAAAAACACGUGCCAGUCGAAUGCUAUAUGAGAAAUGCAGUUUACCAUCUGCUACACUAUCUUUUGGAUGUUAAUUUUAUUCCGAGCUCUGAUAAGGAAAAGACAGAUCUCAACAGCAAACGAAAUUCGACAUUGCACUCUGCCAUGUUAUUUCUUCCAAUUGCGGCAAGCUCUGCGACUUUAGAUUUUUACAAAGAAAUAGACAAUGAUGAUUUAGUGUAUGGAAACUUCCGUGUUCAAGGCAUGCAACUUGGCCUAAAAAGUAUACUGUUUGAUCGAUUGUUAUUGUCUGAUUCGAGUUUGGUACUCGGCGGUUUUAUCUUCGUUACCCUGUGCAUUUGGGCAUAUACUGGUUCUAUAGUGGUGACUACAGCGACAAUUUUUGCUGUGGUUUUUAGUCUUGGUAUUUCAUAUGCAAUGUAUAUUCUUGUCUUGGAUAUUGAGUUCUUUCCUUUUAUGAAUGUACUGGCCAUUGUCGUAGCUGUAGGCAUUGGAGCAGAUGACGCAUUUAUUUAUUGCAAAAUUUGGGAAUCUAAAAAACAGAAGAAACUUUCUAAUGGCGGAUUAGUACGUAUGGUACAGGAAACAAUGAAACAUGCUUUUCCAUCUAUGUUUGUUACAUCGCUUACCACAGCAGUAGCUUUUUUCGCAUCAAUUGUUAGUAACGUGACUGCUAUCAAUUGUUUCAGUUUGUUUUCAGGAAUGACAGUUAUCGCUAAUUUCUUCUUGAUGGUCACAUGGUUACCUGCGUGCGUGGUCGUAUCGGAGCAUUGUAAAUUAUCUACUUUAUCACCUGUCAAUUUUAUUACCAGAAAAAUUAUUCGUCCCGUACGAUCUUUGGGAGAUAAAGUAACCGUAGGAUUCACCACCUUUCUUACUGGAUUAGUGCUUCGUUUACGAUGGUUUUGGUUACUCAGUUUGGGGAUUAUAGCAAUAGCGUGUGCCAGUGUCGUCUUCCAUUAUCCAGGUUUACAACUGCCAGAUUAUAUGGAUUUUCAAUUAUUCCAUGAUGAACAUCCAUUCGAACGAUAUGAUCUAGUAUACUCGCGGAGAUUCUGGUUUGAACGAUAUGAAAUGGUUGGUGGAGAUGGUGAACUUCUACCAUUGAGAUUUGUAUUUGGCAUAAAACCAGUUGAUAAUGGUGAUUAUCUUAACCCAACUAAAAGGGGGAUACUAGAUUGGGAUGAAACUUUUGAUAUUUCUAGUCCAAUGUCUCAACGAUGGCUUGAACAAUUUUGCCAAAAUUUACGGAGGCAACCUUUUUAUCACCAUACCAUAGGACCUAUGUUAUCUAACUGCUUCAUCGAACCAUUACGUAAUUGGAUGAAAAGGCGUUGUAAGGAUCCUGUCGAUUCUCACAUUGACUAUGCUCCAUGUUGUGAGAGCAGUAAAUUUCCAUACGCACCUGAUGUUUUGGAACAAUGUGCAGCUGAAGCUAGCGUGAGAUUACAUCGUACGCCUUAUUUGUGGAUUCAGGAUAAUCCACCUUAUGCAGGUCCAAAAUUUGUUAAAGAACCUUUGUUUGCGCAAGCACCAAAUGAUACGCUUGCGAUUAAAGCAAGGCCUAAAAUUAAAGCCCUUGUUGUCGAAUACGAUAGCACAUAUGCAUAUAGUCUCUCAUUUGGAAAUAUGGAUAAAUUUUUUCAAGAGGUUGAAAGUUGGAUGCAGAAUCAAUUACGAACUGCACCUAAAGGAAUGAGAGGUGGAUGGUUUAUCAGCCAUCUAGAAUUUUAUGAGCUUCAACGUACGUUGUAUCAAGGAACAAUAUGGGCAAUAGGACUGUCGCUAACUUUGGCUCUGAUAGUUUUAGCGCUAGUGACGUUAAAUCCUCUUAUCAGCCUGUAUGCAAUUAUAGCUAUUGGUGCUGUUAUAAUCGUUACCGUUGCAGUAUUAAUUCUUCUUGGAUGGACACUCAAUAUUCUAGAAAGUGUUGCAAUAUCUACAACAAUUGGUCUUGCUGUAGACUUCAGCUUACAUUACGCUGUGAGUUAUAAAGCAUGUACCUCUGAAAAGAAAAUAGACCGAGUAAAAACUGCACUGCAGCAGAUGGGUGGACCUACACUUAUGGCAGCAAUUACUAGUGGAGCUGCAGGCGCUCUAAUGUUACCUUCUCAUGUAUUAGCAUAUAUACAAAUCGGUAUCUUUUUAUUACUCGUGAUGACCAUUAGUUGGAUAUAUGCGACCUUAUUUUUAUGCUCGAUGUUAGCAAUUAUAGGACCAUCUUCAGGCUUUGCUCAAUUUGAAUAUCCCAGAGCUGAUCAUAAAUCUCUUGGAGGACUUGGAAUGAGCCGCUGGUUGGAAGCACUUUGGGAACCAAGUGCUGGUUUAUUUUGUCUGCCUGGUGGACUUGAUAUGCUGGAUAUAAGCGGUGAUGGAGAUGCUAGACUUAUUUGUGCUGAUCUAGGACCAGUUGGAAGCGAUUCAACAAAGAUACGAGUUUAUAAAGGAGGUGAUCAGAUAACUGAGCAUAACAUGGUAGAACCACCCUGUGGAGUAGUCGGGUUUUAUACGGAAAAUGGAGAACCUCGAUCAUCUGUGGUUGCUGUAGGAGCUGGGGCUAGCGUAUAUAUUUUCAAAAAUAUGAGACCUUUUUUCAAAUAUUGUCUACCACACAUUGAUGCCCAUCCAAAAGAACGAGAAAUUUGGCACAAAUGUGGGCUAGAUGAGGAAUUAAACGUGCUGACUCUCGCGGAUGAUUUGGAGCUGUUACUGAAAGAACUUGGCGCAACAUUUCUCUCUCCUCGUACUUUGAAGUUUCUUUCUUUGGAUAAUAAUUUACGAUUGAGUUUCGCAGAGCAGUAUAGACGGGUGCCGCUUGUCAAAGCUAAUGCUUUAACGGCAAUCGCGAUAAUUCGCAGGGACUUGUGGAACGAUCCCGCUAGUAGUUGUCUUAUAUUAGGGACCGAGGCUGGCGAAGUUCUCGUCUUAGAUCCCAGAGCUUUUUCAGUUAUGGAUAAACAUAAGCUGGAGUGGCCACCAACAGCAUUUGCCAGUUGCGGCUUAUGGACGGGUGACGGUCGCAUAAUAGUUAUUGGAAGAGAUGGAAAAAUAGGAGCAAUUAGGAGGGGAAGUCCUGUGAAACUUUGGGAAACAUUGGCCGCGCCCGCGGUAGCUAUUUCCGCUCUCACGUCCGAAGGAGCGGCAGUAGCUGUUAUGGAUGGUACUUUAGUAGGAUUUUCAAAAAGAGGAAUAAAAUUGUGGCAGAUCAAUAUUCCUGGUAUAAUAUUAGAUCUAGUUAGCUUACCAGUACCGCAAAAUGGGCUGUCUUUGUUAGCUGUAAGCACAGUGGGCUAUGGAAUCCGCAUUUAUGAUGGAAAACAUCACGUGGAUACAGUGAAAAUUAUGGAGCCUGUAUCUGCUCUUAAGUACGGACGUAUGGGACAAGAGGAACGGACAAUAGCUAUGGUCACUGUUGGCGGUGGUUUAUGCAUGAAAAUCCUGAAGCGCACUGCUGACUUUAAUACGAACAAUUCAGUGUCGAAUUUGUCGUCGAAUAACACGUCAAAGUUCUCGAUACCGAAGAAAACACGAUUGUUUGUCGAUCAAACGAUAAGGGAGAGAGCCGAGGCAAAGAAAAUUCAUAAUACAUUUCAGCAAGGCUUUCUCCGCUUACGCUUAACAACGGCCAAACAAGCGUCCGAACAUUUAAACGAAAAUCAAACAUCAGGACCAAAUCCUAUCACGUUGGAGACAAAUGUUCUCGGCUUGGGUCCCAAUUACAUGAUUCGUAUUAUAGUGACAAAUAUUUCUGAAGGUUUGUCCCCAGCGGAAUUAUAUAUUCUCUGCAGAGCCGAGGACACUGAUGUAAAUCCUCGUGUGAUAGAUUUACCCUUGCUACCGAGUGCUGUACCUAUACCACUAGCUGUUAGCGCAAACUUAAAGGGUCAAAUAUCAGGGAAAGUUAAAAUAUUACUCUGCAAGAAAGCAAAUCCAAAACCUUUGGUUGCGACGACCGUAAUAUUGCCAGCUGCCGAGGAAGAUUUUGAAAUCUGAAGAUCACACGUAUUCGAAUUGUGAUUGAGAGUUGAACCAAGUACAAAAUAAAACAAAUCAUAUUUUAUUUGAUUUAAAAUGAAUUUUCUUUUAUAGAUGUCAAAUAAAUCGAAUAUUAUUGUCUCGUAGAUAUAUGUAUCUAUAAAACGUAGUAGAGUUAUAAUAUAAAUUUUUUUUACACUA